AUGUACAUUGUCACGCGCCUGGGCCUAUCCCAGCGUGGCCCCCUUUCUGUUUCUUAGCUUCCUUCUCAUCACUUCUGUUCGACUCUCAACCUCUCCUGACAGUAGUGGUGAUCGUCUCAUAAGAAGAUCAAGCGCAUCCACGACUGGCAUCUCCCAGCGACCGUCACGGAAUUGAAGGGGUUUCUGUUGAAUUCCAUACACUCUUGCUUAGGUCGAUCUCCAGCCCGCGCCCAGCCUAGCCAGCCGCGCGCCGCUCGGACCCCUUUUGGACUUAGAGAUAUUUCGCGCACUCGCACCGCGAGCCUCUUUAGUCUUCCCCCUAACGCUCCAAACUACUUCCUAACACUCGUACUGUGUCUCGUGUACUCACUGGUUGCCGAUCCAGUCCCCUCUCGAGACACACGACUUAACAGUUUCUCGGUUUGGUGCAGUACCUCCGCAGGUUCAUUCCGGGCCUUGCCGAGCAUACCGCUGCGCUGACCCCGUUGACAAUCAAAGGGCUGACAUCCAUCGGCAACCUCUGGACAACUCCAACGGUCCGUCACUUCGAAGCCAUCAAGUCCAUUGUCGUCUCCCUUGACUGCCUACGCCCGCCCGACCACUCUGCCGAUGCCAUGCCAUUCUGGGUGAUGACCGACGCCAGUCUUCAAGGUAUCGGAGGUGUGCUCCUGCAGGGCUCGCAUUGGAAGACCGCACACCCCAUUGCCUACUGGUCGCGUCAAUACAUCCCAGCUGAACGCAACUACCCUACGCACGAGCAGGAACUCCUAGCUAUUGUCGAGGCUCUCAAGGAAUGGCGCAUUGAUCUCCUGGGUGGCCAUUUUCACAUCCUUACCGACCAUUCCACACUUGAGCACUUUCAGACGCAGCGCACGGUCAUCUCGCGACGCCAGGCGCGCUGGCUUGACACCUUGGCCGAAUUCGAUUAUGACCUCCAGUAUCUCCCGGGCAGGGAGAACAUUGUAGCCGACGCGAUGAGCAGGUACUCCUUUCCCGAGCCACUUCCCAUCAUUGUGGCCAACAUUUCGCAAGUCUCGCUCUCGGAUGUCGUCAAGCAGCAAAUUCUUGACGCGUACAAAACCGACACAUUCUGCCAGCAAGCCCUGAACAACAUCGCAUCGGUCGCAUCAGAGUUCAAGAUUAUUGACACAUUGCUGUAUUUACGGGGCCGGCUUGUCAUUCCACUACUAGCCCCGCUCCGUGAGUCCAUCCUUCACGAUGCUCAUGACGCGCUGGGGCACCUAGGUGAUGUAAAAAUGUACCAGACUGUUAUACAGACGUACUUUUGGCCGAACAUGUCCCACCACGUGAAGCAAUAUGUGCAACAAUGUGACUCAUGUCAACGAACCAAGGCCCGUACCACUCGCGUCGCGGGCAAGCUUCACUCCCUUCCCGUUCCAGUGCGCCCCAUGACGGACAUCGCCGUUGACUUUGUCGGACCGUUGCCAACAAACAAGGGGUUCGACCGUGUCUUGACGAUCACCGAUCGACUGUCGGGAUAUGUCCGCCUCAUCCCUGUGUGCGAAGCCGACAGCGGCGGAUGUUGCCAACCGCUUUCAUGAGGGGUGGCAUCGUUUUUUUGGCCUGCCUCAACGCAUUGUCUCGGAUCGUGACAGGUUGUUCACGAGCAAGUUCUGGUCCGCCCUGCACAAGCGUCUGAACAUCAAGCUGCAACUUUCCUCGGUGUUCCACCCCAAGACUGACGGGCGCAGCGAGAAGACGAACAAGACCGCAUUCCAGAUCCUACGCUCGCUUGUCAACAGGGAACAAUCCAAUUGGGUUGAAUGUCUCACCGCUUGUGAGUAUGCCAUCAACUCAUCGGUCAAUGUUUCGACGGGGAAGACCCCGUUUGAGCUUGUCCUGGGGUACACACCCACCCUCGCCCCGCUUGCCCCUAUUGAGGGCGACGAGGAGCUCCCAUCGGUGGAGGAGCUGCUCGCGCUUCGCUUCCAGUCAUGCGAGGAGGCACGAGACCAACUUGCUGUGUCCAAAGUUCGUCAAGCCGCCCAAGCCAACAAGGACCGCGCGGAUGAACCUUCAUGGGCCGUUGGGGACCUUGUGCUGCUCGACUCAAGUGACCGCAGGAAGCGACUUCACACCCGCAAGCGCCGCGCAGCCAAGCUCAUGGACCGUUUCGACGGCCCUUAUCGCAUUGUUGCGGCGCAGCCAGGGAUCUCCACGUACACCUUGCAACUCAACAAGGACAAUUCCGCGGUACCAUUCUUCCACACGGGCAAGCUCAAGGCCUAUCGCUCAAAUGAUUCGGAAUUGUUCCCAAGCCGAGAACCCGCGCGCCCGGGACCGGUGGACAUAGGUGGAGAACCCGAGUGGGUCAUCGAGGACAUCGUCGAUGAAAGAGUCCGAGCGGGGAAGACUCAAUAUUUGGUCUCCUGGGUUUCAUGGCCGUCGGAUAGCGAUUCAUGGGAGCCUGCCGAGGCAUUGGAGUGUUGGGAAUAUCGGAACGAGGAAUGA